CGCACCACAGGAGCCACGAUACUGCCUCACUCCCUCUUUGAUUUAUUGAAGCUACUCCAAACACUCACUUCUGCUUUCUUUGAGCCUUUUUAAUUUGUCUACCCAUUCUCUCUCUCUUUUAAAAAAAAAAUCCGGACAAAUCCAUAACUGAUCUACGACGCCGACUAUUAAUUUCUCUCAUUUUUUCCUCGUGAUGGCACUUCGCGCGGCUACUGUACGCCAGACAGGAGAGGAGCUGGUGGUGGAGGAAGGCGCAUGGCUUGUUUAAUUCCUCCUGUUUUUUCGCAUUUACGGUUUCAUUGUUAAAAAAUAAACUCGUAUUUUUGGAUCGUCGCCUCCCUGGACUCACGCGCAUCACAACUUCGUUUGUUGUUUUCCUCGUAGCCGCUGCAGCCGGCCAUCCUGCGCCUUAACAUGAAGAUUAAGCAGUAAAAUAAUAUUUAAAAGAAAAAGGCCUAGACAAAGAAACUGGAUAUGGAGUCAGUAAAGAUGAGAGCCACGGCGGGGGUGAAGGAAUUUGCAGGGAAGACCCUGGGUCAUAUGCACAGGUUGAUGGAGAGGAAACAGAAAACUGGGGAGGUGAUCGAGCUGACAGAGGACGGCCGGCCCCGGGAGGCCGCGGAGAAGAAACCCCCGCUGUGUGACUGCAACUGCUGCGGUCUGCCCCGCCGAUACAUCAUCGCCAUCAUGAGCGGCCUGGGCUUCUGCAUCUCCUUCGGUAUCCGGUGUAACCUGGGCGUGGCUAUAGUGGGCAUGGUCAACAACAGCACCAUCCACGAGAACGGCAAGAUCAUCAUCACAGAGAAAGCCAAGUUCAACUGGGAUCCGGAGACGGUGGGUCUGAUUCACGGAUCUUUUUUCUGGGGCUACAUCGUUACACAAAUCCCGGGAGGAUGGAUAUCCUCCAGGCUGGCUGCAAACAGGGUAUUUGGUGCAGCCAUUGUGCUUACCUCGAUUCUCAACAUGUUAAUUCCCUCGGCUGCUCGAGUCCACUAUGGGUGUGUCAUCUUUGUGAGGAUAUUACAAGGGCUGGUGGAGGGAGUGACCUACCCAGCAUGUCAUGGCAUCUGGAGUAAGUGGGCUCCUCCGCUGGAAAGGAGUCGUCUGGCCACCCUCUCAUUCUGUGGCUCAUACGCCGGUGCUGUGAUAGCGAUGCCUCUUGCUGGAGUCCUGGUUCAGUACUCAGGCUGGUACUCUGUGUUCUACAUAUAUGGAUGCUUCGGCAUGUUCUGGUAUAUUUUCUGGGUCCUUGUGUCUUAUGAGAGCCCUGCUGUUCAUCCAACUAUCACGGAUGAGGAACGCUGCUACAUUGAGGAGAGCAUUGGAGAGGGCAACAAGCUAGCGGGUCCCGCUGAGAAAUACAAGACCCCGUGGAAGAAGUUCUUCACCUCCAUGCCCGUCUAUGCAAUCAUCGUGGCUAACUUCUGCAGGAGCUGGACCUUUUACCUGCUGCUGAUCAGCCAGCCUGCAUACUUUGAGGAAGUGUUUGGCUUUGAGAUAAGCAAGGUCGGCGCUGUGUCUGCCCUGCCCCAUUUAGUGAUGACCAUCAUUGUGCCUCUCGGCGGCCUGCUGGCCGACCACCUACGUGCCAAGAACAUCAUGUCGACUACCAAUGUCAGGAAAAUAAUGAACUGUGGAGGAUUUGGCAUGGAGGCCACAUUUCUGCUGGUGGUAGGAUAUUCCCACAGCAAAGGGGUGGCCAUCUCCUUCCUGGUGCUGGCAGUGGGAUUCAGUGGAUUUGCUAUAUCGGGCUUUAAUGUCAAUCACCUGGACAUCGCUCCACGCUAUGCCAGUAUCCUAAUGGGCAUCUCUAACGGUGUGGGCACCCUGUCUGGGAUGGUGUGCCCUUUGAUCGUUGGUACUAUGACAAAGAACAAGUCUCGAGAGGAGUGGCAGUCUGUGUUCUUGAUCGCCUCCAUGGUGCAUUAUGGGGGAGUUAUCUUCUAUGGGAUAUUUGCGUCGGGAGAAAAGCAGCCGUGGGCCGACCCAGAACUCACCAGCGAGGAGAAGUGUGGCUUCAUAGAAGAGGACGAGCUGGCAGAAGAGACGGGCGACAUCACUCAGAGUUACGGUGCCUUCGGAGGUCCGCCUAAGUCGUACGGUGCCACCACGCAGGUGAACGGAGGCUGGGCUUCAGGCUGGGAGAAGACGGAGGAGUACGUCCAGGAAGAAGCUCAGGCAGGAGGCUACGGAUACAGGAAGGAUGAGGGACACUCCUAGACCAAACAUAGAUCCACUGACACAUGAGUAGACUUAUUUUCCUGAGUGUGCAUCAGUUUAGUCAUCAAAACAUAUCAACAAAGGAAAAAAAACUACAAUCCAUUGUUGUAUUGUUUGCACAAAUUAAAAAAAAAUCACAAUAGGUAUCAAUUUAAUGUAAAAAUAACUAAAUUGUGUAAAAAAUUCAAAAGAUAUUCGAUUAAUAGAAAUGUAACACAUAUGAAAUUGGCAGUCUGUAAACGUAUUAUUAUGCAUAUUGAUAAAAGGUAUAUCUAUUUGGAGUGCAAUUGUGUGUACGUGUGAACAAUCUUAUCCCAUCCGCCGAGGCUGUCCUCAGUGAAGCCUGUAGGGAAACAUAGAAGCUGCUCAUCAGAACCAAACCCUUAUCUAUCAAAUUACAAUACAACGUCCUAAAAGCCAGCCAUUACAGUGUAUAGAUGUGUCACUGCACAGCGUCGUAAACAGAAACUAGACACUCUGUUGAUGUAGAUUGUACUGUAUCUCUCCUGAAUGCACUCAGAGUAGUGUGUCCUUUUUAUGCACAAUAUGAUGAUUUUUGUUUUCUUAUCACCGGCUUCUGUGUAUGUAAAUGUCCUUAACAUGUAAGUGAACUAGUGUUGAGAUUUGAGUGGCAUCAUGGUGACCGUGUGGUUACACUUGCAUAUAAGGUAAAUGAAAAAAGUGUCUGUCCAAUGUGUGCUACAUGUGAUCCAUUUUGUACCUCCGCAGUUUAGUGUUUGAUUUUAGCAACUUCAACCCGACACAUCUCAGCAGUGUAGUGCAAGAGUAAAGCUAUCCUCAUAACUAUACUCACCUUAACGUCAGAAAAGUCUAGUCGUACCAAUGCUGAAAGGAAUGUCCUAAAUAAAAAAUAUAUGAGAGAGAGAUAACUAGAAGACAGAACAUAUUUAUAAGAGUUUUUAGAUUACAUUUAGACUAAGAGAUUAAUAGUCAUACACAGCCUUAGUGAAGGGUUUGUGCAAUGUAAUGAUUUUGGGAAAGUAAAGAAAAUCCAAAAUCAGAAUGAGAGUCUUACUAUAUGAGAGGAGCAAACCCUUAUAAUGUAAAUGAGAAUAGGAGACAUAUAUUAUUUAUAUAAAUGUGAAAUAUAUGAUAAAAUGGAUAAGAGAGAUUUUAAUGUUUAAGUAUUUCUCUACCUAAAAGUUAAACAAUCAAAACUGUUUUAACUCUACCAGAAAUGUAAUGUCCCUAUGAAAUGUUUCAUGGUCUUUAAAACUAAAGGGAAACUAGUUUAAAAUAUCAAAUGACAUACAAGUU